AUGGCGUCCACUACGGGGUGCGAAUCCAUCUCACUUACCGAACUCGGGGAGCGGCCAAUCCCGAUGGUGCCAGAAGGCCCCAACAAUGAUGCUUCGGUUACCGAGGCUGAGGCCAAAGUCCCUUACUUGAAGCUCAUCGCAUCGGGCUUCUCCUUCUUCGUCGCAGGUGUCAACGACGGUAGUCUGGGCUCCUUGCUUCCCUACGUCCUCGAGACGUAUCACGUUAGUACCGGCCUGGUAAUUAUCGUUUAUGUUACAACUCUUGUUGGCUGGCUUGUGGCCGCCCUGACCAAUAGCACCGCCUGCCAAUACCUCGGUUUAGGUGCCAUGCUCGCUCUGGGGGCUGCGCUACAGGUGCUGGCCCAUGUCCUGCGUGUCUGGCUUCCGCCGUUCCCAUUGUACGCCAUAACUUUACUUCCUAGCGAGUCUAGGACAGGCAUUUAAUGACACCCACGCCAAUACAUAUGUCGCUGCAGUCAAGGCCGCCCAUCGAUGGCUCGGCUUUAUCCAUGCCAUGUACAUGGCCGGAUGUCUGGUGGGCCCCUUAGUGGCCACCGCUGUGGCAUCUGCUAAUCGGCAGUCUCAGUGGAAUUUGUUCUACAUCUUCCCACUGGGGCUGGGGCUAAUCAACCUGAUAUUGAUAUUGAUAGCCUUCCGUGACAGCAUGUCCGUCCAACAUUCCUCAGAAGCCCCCCAAAGCGACGACCCGCAGCCUUCAAGCCAGGACGCUCGGAGUACGCGCGCAGUAAGGGAGAUCAAGGACACACUUCGCGUCCCAGCUGUCUGGCUGACAAGUCUCUACUUUUUCUUUUUCCUGGGAGCGGCCAUCACGGCCGGUGGAUGGAUUGUCGAGUACCUUGUUCGCGUUCGGCAUGGUGAUGUGCACCAGAUGGGCUAUAUCCCGACUGGGUUCUAUGGCGGAGCUUUCCUUGGUCAACUGGUCCUUGCUGAGCCUACUUAUCGUCUAGGAGAGCGUCGCAUGAUAUUUAUCUACGCUGCUCUGUGUGCCGGGUUGGAGCUGGUAUUUUGGCUGGUGCCCAAUAUUGGUGUGGAAGCUAUGGCUAUUUGCUUGUUGGGAUUCUUUUCCGGGCCAUUCUUUGCAACGGGAAUAUCCGUCGCAUCCAAGAUCUUUCCGGCUAACAUUCGCUCCUCCGGCAUUGUAUUUUUCAGCAUUUGUCUUCGUGCUGGGGCAGAUUGGCGGAUCGCUCUUCCCCGUAUUGACGGGAAUCAUCUCUUCCCACACCGGCGUCAAGGCCCUGCAGCCCAUGUUAUUGGCUCUGCUGUGUGCCACGGGCAUCAGCUGGCUGUUGGUGCCCAAGGCGCCGAGGCUGCGUGCAGACUGAUCGACAAACCAGAAAGCAACUGUGGUUUCCGGAUACAGUUCACAUCUAUUGAACCUGCUCUACGCUUUAUGUGA